AUGGGGAACGCACAUUCGGGUCGAACCCGAACCACUCUGGGAGUCGUAGGGAACGUAAUCUCUGCAUGUCUUUUCCUCUCUCCAGUACCUACAUUCAAGACAAUAUACCAGAAGAAAGAUGUCGAAAGUUUUGAUCCAAAACCUUACCUUUGUACGGUGUUGAACUGUUUGUUAUGGUGCUUCUACGGAAUGCCAUUUGUUAAUCCAAACAGUAUUCUAGUAGUGACUAUCAAUGGAGCGGGGCUGAUCAUGGAGCUAAUAUAUCUUGCCAUAUUCUGCUAUUAUGCUUCGAAAGAAGGAAGAAGAACGAAAGUCAUCAAAACAAAGAGUGUGGAAUACAUGACACCUUGGCUCUCUCUUUGCAACACUCUGAACGGUGCUUGCUGGGCGUCCUAUGCUCUUAUAGGGAAAGUAGACUACUUCAUUCUUCUCAGCAACGGUCUCGGUUUUAUUCUUGGAGCAAUUCAAUUGAUUAUAUAUGGGAUAUACUACCGCAAUAGCAAACCUGCAGAAGUUGAAGAGCUUGAUGAUGACAAUAAGAAGCUGCCUGCCAUUGAAAUGCAACCAGCUGAGAACAUGGUCUAA